UCCAGCACUGUCACAAAAAGCCGAAACUAGCAAGAACAACAUAACAUAAUUUUGGUUUUUAUUAAUUAAAAACUGAAAAAAUGGCAUACGACUUAAAAAAGGAGUCAGAUGUUAAGGAGUACAUCGACAAGCUUGGCGUAGAAUAUCGAUUUGGCUGUUAUUCGGAGAGGAAACCGGAAGCUUGCCACCUGCUGGGUGACUAUCUCGAGGGCAUCAAGAAGGACUUUGAGAAGGCGUCAAAGGUAUACAAAUCUACAUGUGACGAUUAUGGUUACGCAAAGUCCUGCUAUAAGUUUGGCAACUAUAGCAUUUUGGGCAAAGGUAAAAGCGGCAGCAAGGGUGAACCUCGGGUGGCGUACCAGUACUACGAGAAGGGGUGUAACUUAAACGAUUCCGAUGCCUGCCUUCACUCCGGCCUCUUGCUUGUCUCGCGCUCCAUGCCCAAAGAGAUCGACAGAAAUGUGCCGAAGGGCUUGGAAUUCCUCACAAAGAGCUGCGACAUGAACAAUGCAAACGCCUGCUUCUAUUUAUCCGGUAUGCACAUCUCUGGCGUUCAAAAGAGGACAGAGCCAGGUGCCGUGCCUGCCAGCAGUGGACCCACGCCAGCCAAAACGCUCAAGGACUCCGACUACAUUGUGCUCAAAGACAUGAAAAAGGCGUUUCAGUUUGCCUUCAAGGCGUGCGAGUUGCGCAACGUGUAUGCGUGUGCCAACCUAAGCCAGAUGUACGCCCGCGGCGACGGCAUCGAGAAAAACGAGAAAGAAGCCGAGAAGUACAAGAAGCUAGCCCUGGAGAUGCAAGAGGAGAUCAAGAAGCAGCAGGAUACGCUCGGCUUUCAGCAGGGCGUCGGCAUGCCAAACUGAUUCAACACUUAAUAUAUUUAUAUGCGUGAUUCGUAUACAACUGUCUAACCAACAAUUAGCAAUUGCUAUGCAUCUGUUUUUAGUCUCCCCUAUUUAGAUCAAUGUAUCGUUUGCUUGUGUUUUUUUUUUGUUUCUUGCCUUCUCUCCUCUUAAAUCUGACCGUUGUGGUUCUACGAACUAGCAACUGUGUUUUUAGUUUCAGUGUACAUAGGCGGCGGCAAGUGCGUUUUUGGCAUGUGUACGUAAAUGCGCGAGGCGGACGACGAAGACAAGAUCGGCGCUGAGCCAUCGAAGACAACAAAAUAUGAAUUCCUAGAUUUAAUUGUUACUGUUAUGAAGAAUGAAACAAAAUCCCUUGUAUAAUUCUGUUGGCACCCUUUUAUUAAAUACAAACAAACAAGUCCGGCCGGGACCAUAGACCAAACUACGGGGGAAA